UACAAAGCGAACUAUUAAGAAGUUAAGUGAGGAGUUAAGUUAAAUAAAAUACAAUGCCUGCCAUUGGUAUUGAUCUUGGAACCACAUACUCUUGUGUUGGAGUAUGGCAACAAGGAAAAGUUGAAAUCAUCGCCAACGAUCAAGGCAAUAGAACAACACCUAGUUAUGUUGCUUUCACGGACACCGAGCGUCUCAUUGGAGACGCAGCUAAGAACCAGGUUGCGAUGAAUCCAGCAAACACAGUCUUCGACGCCAAGCGACUCAUCGGCAGAAAAUUCGACGACCCAAAAGUUCAAAGUGACAUAAAGCACUGGCCUUUCAAGGUAAUCAACGAGGGAGGAAAGCCUAAAAUCCAAGUCGAGUUCCGCGGUGAAGUAAAGAAAUUCAAUCCAGAAGAGAUAAGUUCGAUGGUCCUUACGAAAAUGAAAGAGAUUGCUGAGGCUUACCUUGGACAGAAAGUUAAGGACGUGGUCAUCACAGUACCAGCAUAUUUCAACGAUUCACAACGUCAAGCUACCAAAGACGCGGGUGCCAUUGCUGGGCUGAAUGUUCUUAGGAUCAUCAACGAGCCAACAGCCGCUGCUCUAGCUUAUGGUCUAGACAAGAACCUGAAAGGUGAGAAAAAUGUGCUUAUCUUUGACCUCGGUGGUGGUACUUUUGACGUUUCCAUCCUGUCGAUCGAUGAGGGCUCACUAUUCGAGGUCAAAUCAACUGCCGGUGAUACACAUCUUGGAGGAGAAGACUUCGAUUCACGGUUGGUGGACCAUUUGUGCAAAGAGUUUGAAAGAAAAUACAAGAAGGAUCUUAAGACCAAUCCACGAGCGUUAAGAAGAUUGAGAACAGCUGCAGAACGUGCCAAGCGUACACUAUCAUCUAGUACCGAAGCAACCAUCGAAAUUGAUGCUCUAUUCGAUGGUAUUGAUUUCUACACCAAAGUCUCAAGGGCACGUUUCGAAGAACUCUGCGCUGAUCUUUUCAGAUCCACAUUGGAACCUGUGGAAAAAGCACUAGCAGACGCCAAGCUCGACAAAAAAUCUAUCGAUGACGUUGUUCUCGUUGGUGGUUCCACUCGCAUCCCAAAAAUCCAAUCGAUGCUCCAGAAUUUCUUCUGUGGAAAGCAACUCAAUCUAUCUAUCAACCCCGACGAGGCCGUGGCUUACGGCGCAGCGGUGCAAGCAGCUAUCUUAACCGGUGAGGGUGGCAAGACCUCAACCCUCCAGGAUGUUCUUCUUGUGGACGUCGCUCCGUUAUCUCUGGGUAUUGAGACUGCAGGUGGUAUGAUGACCAACAUCAUUGAACGCAAUGCUCGUAUACCCUGCAAACAGACCCAGACAUUCACAACUUAUGCCGACAACCAACCCGCCGUGACCAUCCAGGUCUACGAAGGCGAGCGAGCAAUGACCAAGGACAACAACUUGCUUGGUAAAUUCGAGCUCAGUGGAAUAGCACCUGCUCCACGUGGUGUACCGAAGAUCGAUGUCACCUUCGACUUGGACGCCAACGGAAUCCUGCAUGUGACAGCCAAGGACACGGCAAGUGGUCGUAGCAGUGAUGUCCGAAUUACCAACGACAAAGGACGUCUAUCACGGGAAGAGAUCGACCGCAUGCUUGCUGAAGCUGAACGUUACCGCGAUCAAGACAAACAACAGCGAGACAAAGUCGCAGCACGCAACCAACUUGAGACCUACGCAUUCUCGGUUAAACAAGCAAUCCAGGACAGCGGAUCCCGUUUGAGUCAGUCCGAAAAAGACCAAGUCACUCAAUUAUGCGAAGAAACCAUCUAUUGGCUAGACAACAAUACCUUAGCUGAGCAGGAUGAAUACAAGCAUAAACUGGACGAGCUUCAGAAGCAGUGCUCACCUAUCAUGACCAAACUCCAUCAAGGCGGUAACCCUGCGGGUGCUCAGAAUUACGGAGCCCAACAUCGUCCGGACAGCAACUCUGGCCCAACUGUUGAAGAAGUUGACUAAACAUCUUUACAUUUCCAAAAGAACAAAGCCAAUAGAAACAAACAAAACAUAUAUAAUAACAGAAAAUAUUGAAACUCCCAAGACUGGUACUAGGAUGAAUAUGAAAUCGAGUGAACCAGUACUGUUAUUCAUAGAAAAAUUCGUAAAACUGCUGUUCAGUUGAAAAUUAAUUGUAGUUCUCUGCAACUAAUUGUUUAGUUGAGCGGUAGUUAAACGAGUUUAUCCAACAAUUAUUAAUCAAAGUUCACUCGUUAUCAUAUUCACCCUAAUUUUAAUUUAAUUGUAAUUGUUUGUAUUAAUAAAUUGUAGUUUUUUUUUUAAACA